AGAUUUCCCUUCUCUUUCCAGUGGGUGGGUAACCAUGCCGACCAGCGGUGACCAGGAGUAUGGAUGUACACUGGCUGAGCUGCGACAGCUCAUGGAGCUUCGUGGUAUUGAAGCCCUGGAAAAGAUUACCGCCGACUAUGGAAAUGUAGAGGGUCUUUGUGCAAAAUUAAAAACUGAUCCGAUAAAUGGUUUAAACGAUGACCAGCACGACAUGUCACAUCGACAACAUGUAUUCGGCAGAAACGAAAUCCCACCUGCACCGUCAAAAUCAUUUUUUCGGUUAGCUUGGGAAGCACUUCAAGAUAUAACAUUAAUAAUUCUACUCGUAUCUGCAAUAGUAUCACUUGGAUUAUCGUUUUACAAACCACCUGAACAUGUGGGAGCUCAUGAUGAUUCCGAGCAAGAAGCCGGCUGGAUAGAAGGUGUGGCUAUCCUUGUCGCUGUGAUUGUUGUCGUUCUCGUUACUGCUCUCAAUGAUUGGUCGAAAGAGAAGCAGUUCAGAGGGCUCCAAUCGAAAAUUGAAACGGAGCACAAGUUCUCGGUGAUUCGAAGCGGCCAACCUAUCGACGUAGUCGUCAAUGACUUGGUGGUCGGAGAUGUCGCACGAGUGAAAUACGGAGAUCUUUUACCUGCUGAUGGUAUACUCAUACAAUCGAACGAUCUUAAAAUAGAUGAGUCGUCUUUGACUGGAGAAUCUGAUCUGAUUCGUAAAAGUUUUGACCAUGAUCCGAUAUUAUUGUCUGGAACACAUGCUAUGGAAGGAAGUGGGCGAUUCGUGAUUACUGCCGUUGGGCUAAACAGUCAAACUGGAAUAAUCAUGAGCCUUCUUGGUGCUACAAAGGAAGAAAAGAAAGAAGAAAAACCAGUAAAAUUAGAAAUGAAUGGAAAUGGCCAUCCAGCCGCUUUGACGGCAGCGAACGGGUUGGUCAACGGUGAGAAGAAGAAGGAAGAGGAGGAGGCCUUAUCCAUCGAGGACGACACUAAAGGAAAAUCCGUUCUUCAAGCAAAACUCUCCAACUUAGCUAUUCAAAUCGGGUAUAUAGGUUCUAUUGUUGCUGCUGCUACCGUAUUAAUUUUGAUAAUUCGACACUGUAUCACUCAUUAUGCCAUCAAUGGCGAGACAUUCCAGACUGCCGAUCUUGCUUACUUCGUCAACUUCAUCAUUAUCGGUGUAACGGUUCUUGUCAUUGCUGUUCCAGAAGGUUUACCAUUGGCUAUCACUCUUGCACUUACCUAUUCAGUGAAAAAGAUGAUGAAAGACAACAAUCUUGUACGACACUUGGACGCUUGUGAAACCAUGGGUAACGCUACAGCUAUCUGCUCGGAUAAGACCGGAACCCUAACGACGAACCGAAUGACUUGCGUGCAGCAGUACAUCAACGGUAGUUUUUACAAAUCCCAACCACCCACUUAUGCUGGUCUCGAUAAGAGAACUCGUGAGCUGUUGAUAGAUGGGAUUGCAAUUAAUUCUGGCUACAACUCGCAAGUGCUACCACCACCAAAUCCAGGAGAGCAACGGAAGCAGGUCGGUAACAAAACCGAAUGCGCCCUACUUGGUUUUGUUCUUGAUGUCGGUAAAAGCUACGAAGAGAUCCGUACAAGGCAUCCCGAAGAGACUUUGUACAAGGUCUAUACCUUUAACUCUUCUCGUAAAUCCAUGAUGACUGUCAUUGAGUUGGAUAGCGGGAUCUACCGGAUUUACGCUAAGGGCGCCUCGGAAAUUAUUUUAUCUAGAUGCUCCUACAUACUUGGUGAAGAAGGCGUAAUCAAGCCGUUUACCGCCGUUGACGCAGCCGAAUUGACGAAAGAAGUCAUCGAGCCAAUGGCUUCUGAUGGUCUUAGAACGAUCGGCUUAGCUUAUAAAGACAUGGUCCCUAUGGGAUCGAGAACGGAGGAUAAUCAGGUUGAGUACGCUGGAGAUAUCGACUGGGAUGACGAGGAGACAAUUCGUAAUGGUAUGACAGCGAUUGCUAUCAUGGGAAUUCAGGAUCCCGUACGACCAGAAGUACCAGCCGCCAUUGACAAAUGCCAAAAAGCUGGAAUUACUGUGCGUAUGGUUACUGGUGAUAACAUCAACACUGCCCGAUCCAUUGCCACUGCAUGUGGAAUUCUCAAGCCUGGUGCCGAUUUCCUUGCUCUGGAAGGAAAAGACUUCAAUGCUAGAAUUCGAGAUGAUAAUGGCAAAGUGAAUCAGGCAAAACUGGAUGCUAUUUGGCCUCGAUUACGAGUUCUCGCUAGAGCUCAGCCAUCGGACAAAUACGUUCUCGUCAAGGGCAUUAUUGAUAGUAAAAAUACCAAAAACAGAGAAGUCGUUGCUGUGACCGGUGACGGCACGAACGAUGCUCCUGCUCUCAAAAAGGCUGACGUAGGAUUUGCUAUGGGUAUUGCCGGUACCGACGUCGCUAAAGAAGCAUCCGACAUUAUCCUCACUGACGAUAACUUUACCUCGAUAGUAAAGGCCGUCAUGUGGGGAAGAAAUGUGUAUGAUUCAAUAGCGAAAUUCCUACAGUUCCAAUUGACCGUAAACGUUGUUGCUGUUACGAUUGCCUUCAUUGGAGCCUGCGCUAUCAGUGACUCACCGCUGAAGGCCGUUCAAAUGCUUUGGGUGAACUUGAUCAUGGACACACUCGCUUCUUUAGCGCUUGCAACAGAAAUGCCCACAGAAGAUCUCUUGGAUAGAAAGCCUUACGGCCGAACAAAGUCAUUGAUCUCACGAACCAUGGUCAAGAAUAUUGUUGGCCAUGCUUUGUACCAACUCGUCAUCCUUUUUGGAAUCAUGUUCUGGGGUGACAAAUUUAUCCCAAAUACGCCUUCUGGCCGAAAUUUGCCAUUGGGAUCGCCUCCCAGCGCCCACUUCACAAUAAUUUUCAAUGCUUUCGUCCUUAUGACGCUCUGUAACGAAAUCAAUGCCAGGAAAAUCCACGCUGAACGUAAUGUUUUCAAGGGAAUCUUCACAAAUCCAAUUUUCUGCGUCAUUUGGAUUACAACAAUGAUCUCGCAAGUGCUAAUUGUACAAUUCGGAGGACACUGGUUCUCCACUGCUCCUUUGGAUGCCAUACAAUGGGCAUUCUGUAUUGCCUGUGGCGUAGGCGAACUUAUCUGGGGACAGAUCGUAAACACCGUACCGGCUUCGAUCUUGCCGAAAUCGUUCCGAUUCGGCAAGGGCGAAGUAAAGCCGACGUCAAUUAUGCUAUCUGGUGAAUACGACAUUCCGUCAUCGUCUUCGGCUGUACAAAAACCUGAUGGAACCAUUGAGAAGCGACCAGGCCAGAUGCUUUGGCUGCUUGGUCUGACUAGGCUUCAAACGCAGAUUCGAGUGAUCAAGGCGUUCCAGUCCGUUAAUGACAGCUCUCAUCCGAACUCAUUGACCACAUCGACGGCCGAUCGACUCAGGGCCAGCUAUCGUCGGUUGAAGAUUGCUAGAGAGCUCGAGCAGCAAAAGAGGGCUGGUAGCAUUAGAGCACGUGGACCGGUACAUUAUGCGCCACACGCAAAGAGUGGAACCGGAAUGACGUUCGAGCCCUGACUUCGAUGAUGGCCAUACAAUGCCCAAAAUGCCCGGUCUGUGAUCCCUGCUCAUCCUAACUCAUUGCUCACGAGGUUUAUCAUUCACUUCGCCCGGCCCGGUGCUGUUCACUGGGUCGGCCAAUUCAUAUAGUUGCUCAGUUCAGAAUUCUAACUUUAUCCCCCCUUCAAACUUCCUUGUACAUAGCCCCCCAUCGGAUGUCUCCGAUAUUUAUUUGUGCUAGAUGUUGCGGCUCUCCUAAGAGCUUCGUCUUUCUGUUUGACCUCUUAAAGGUCUGGCGUUCUGCUGUUCUCGAGAAUCCAUGCGAUUCGCACCAUUUGUUUUGCCAUUCCCUCCCUUACGCAUAAUUCAUCACUUUGUGCUCUCAAUUCGAGUGAGACCUGCUUCCCAAGUGGGCUCAUCAAAGGGUAGGUGCCACCUGAUAGCUCAAAGCACACGACAUGUGUGCGGCUAGUUAUUUUUUCGUUGAAUACAAGUUGUACUUUUAUAGAAACAUGACCUUUUUGUUGUAGUGCUGUUUUUUUGUUGCGCUUGUCUUUGGUUGAAUUGCGCCAAUGAAGUAAAUACAUUCCAAA